AUGCAAUGGUGUAUAGGUGCCGUUCAUAUUGCUGGAAAUGCCGGGCUCGGAGAACUGCCGGUGCUGAAUUCUGGAACCCGAUCAAAGACUCAGCCCAUGAUAGCGCUUUCCAACACUUCAUUGUGGGAUCGUAUUAUUGCUGAGCGCUUUUUGGGAUUCGCUAAACAAUGGACCAUGAUGUUGAUCCGAUCAGUUGUGACCUUUGGCUCUCCGUACUGCGUUAUGCGACUGCUAACGUUCCUGGAAGAGAAUAAUGGCCCAGCGAACUCCGCUUGGCUCUGGUUAAUUGGCAUUGCAGUCUUUUCUACAGCCGAGGCCCUCUUGCAUCAUCAGCUGGCGUGGAUACAAUGGUCUGAGAUGGGGAUCCCUAUUCGUGCACAGCUCAUCAUGGCAAUAUUUUCCAAGGUCCUCAGAGCGAAAGACUCCAAGGAUACAGGAGACAAGCCGGAGGCAAUCAAUCUCAUAUCAUCCGAUACAAUGUCCUUCACCAAAUUCACGGCCGUCAACUAUAUACUUCCCUUCUCAUGUAUCAAGUUUUUGUUUGCUGUGUUAUUUCUUCUCCGACUGUUAGGAUGGCAGAGUACCGUUGUGGCAGUUUUAGCCACUAUAGCCACUGUGCCAAUACAGUCCAGGAUUCUGAAGCAAGAGCGGGCUGCAAAGAAACGGCUUACAGUGGCAAGAGAUAAGAAAACCAAAGCCAUUAAUGAAGCUUUGCAGUCUCUUCGGCAGAUAAAGUUCUCAGCCCUAGAAACACAGUGGGAGGAGCGCAUCGAAGUAUGUCGCCAAGCAGAACUGAUUGAGAUGCGAAAAAGCUUCAUUGCCAUCAAUAUUCGAUCUGUGUGGAAAGUCGCAUCCCCUUUUACUGUGGCUGCCGCUUCGAUCUGCAGUUACGCUUAUACUCAGAGCGAGGUGUCCCCCUCGAUCAUAUUUACUAUCAUCGAGUUGUUGCCACAUAUCCAAGGAGCACUGGGCACGGUUCCUUUGGUGGUGCAAGAUUAUCUCGCUGCUCGAUCAAACUCUCGCCGCAUGGAGACCUUUUUGAAAGCCCCAGAAAUGGAAAACAUUCUAGAUGAGAGUCCUACUGGCUGUGUGGCAUUCCAAAAUGCGCAAAUUGCCUGGCCAUCAGAUCAAAAACAGAAGCACCAAGAGAAGCAAUCUAGCUUACCCGAGAGGUUUGAGCUCCAUAGCCUUGAUGUCGAAUUUCCCCGGGGUGAACUUAGUGUUAUACAUGGGGAAACAGGAUCAGGAAAGAGCUUGGUGCUUGCGGCUAUCCUCGGCGAAGUCGAUCUUCUGAGCGGUCGCAUUGAGGUACCGUCGUUGGAGCAAUCGGUUGGCUUUGUUUCACAAACCCCGUGGCUUCAAAAUGCAACCAUCAAAGAUAACAUCCUGUUUGGGAGUGAACUGGAUGAGACUAGGUAUAGAAAAGUUCUAAGGGCAUGUGCGCUUGAGACCGAUCUUGCUGCUCUUCCAAAAGGGGACAAGACUUACAUUGGUCUUCGGGGUGUGAAGCUUAGCGGUGGUCAACGCGCAAGAGUCUCUUUGGGCAGAGCUCUCUAUUCAAGCGCUCAGCUACUGGUAUUGGACGAUAUAUUCUCUGCGCUUGACUCUCAUGUCUCCAAGGACAUAUUCAGGGCACUGACUGGAGAGCUCAGCAAUAGGCGCACACGGAUUCUUGCAACUCACCAUAUAUCUUUGUGUUUGCCUCGGGCUAAACUUGUCGUUGAAAUCAAAAACAAUACCAUGAGCUCGUCACUCAAUUUGAACAUGAUUGACCCCAAGUUGGAUAACCUGGAGCCAGAGUUCGAUACUUCGUCGAUUCCACCGACAAAAGAGGAAGUCAGCAAGCCUGCCAGUGUCAAGCUAAAGACCGAGACUCCCAAACCAGAAUCGGAGUGGGAGUCUUACAAGAGUUAUUUCAGCGCUGCUGGCGGCCUUCAAUUUGCAGCAAUAUACAUUCUCGGCUUGCUUGGCAAGCAGAUAGUGACUGCACUGACUACAUGGACUCUCGGGCGUAUCAAUUCAAAACGCGGAUCAUCUGAUUUGUCAAAUGCCGACACUGGAAAGCAUCUGUGGUAUUACCUCUACAUGUAUCUUCUAGGAUGUCUAUCCGCGGUGGUCCUUGAGUUCCUCUCAAAUAUGCACAUAUUUUCGGGAUCACUGCGUGCUUCAGAGACUUUGUUUCGUGCCAUGACUGUAAAUGUCAUCCGAAUGCCCCUUAUCUGGUUCGACAAUACGCCCCUCGGGGGAAUCCUGAAGCGAUUCAGUGUUGAUAUACGACUGGUUGAUGAUUUUCUACUGCAUACAAUGUCUGAGUUUGCGAACUGUCUAGUGAAAUUGGUUAUUGUGGGGUAUAUUGGAGUACAAAGAUCUUUCUUCACAGGCUGUUUGGCAGCAGCUCUUCUCUUCUGGUGCUCUCAAGUCAGCAAAGGCUAUAUUAAGGCUCGGAAACCCUUAAAGCGUGGUGAAUCUGAAGCCAACGCCGAUAUACUAGAGUACCUAACUACGGCUGCUGCCGGAGUAUCGACUAUCCGGGCUUUCAGGGCAGUGGAUACAUUUAUUGACCAUAUGCACUCUCGUGUUGACAAACUGUCCAUCGUCCGGCGGCAUUUCUGGAUUUUCAAUCGCUGGCUCGGUCUUCAGAUGAGUCUUAUAGGUGUCGUAUUAAGCGCGGGCACAGGCUUCGUCUGUCUGUCGUCAAAGUCCGUCUUGGAUGCAUCUUUGGUGGGAUUCUCCCUGACAUUUUCAAUGGGAUUCUCUCAUGCUACAUUCACUGCUGUCAACAACUUUGGCAUGCUUGAAAAUUACAUGAAUGCAGCUGUAGGUAUAAUCUCAUAUUCGAAACUGAAAGGAGAGGAGCAAGACGGGAACGAUGUUCCAACGACCUGGCCAUCUCGGGGCGAGGUCGAAGUCAAAGGAUUGAGCGUUUCAUACUCACCCAAUCUCCCUCUUGUCCUGAAGGAUAUCUCUUUCUCCGUGGGAGCUGGCCAAAGGAUAGGAAUUGUUGGUCGUACUGGAGCCGGAAAAUCGUCCUUGACUUUGGCACUUCUCCGCCUCAUCGACCCUCAACGUGGCUCCAUUCUUAUCGACGGCAUUGACAUCUCCACGAUCAAGCUUCAGUCACUCCGAUCAAAAAUUGCGUUUAUUCCUCAAGAUCCGGUCUUGUUCUCCGGUACGGUCAGGUCCAAUUUGGAUUACUUCCAAGAAGUUCCAAAAGACAAACUGAACGAUGCGUUACGCCGGGUCAAGCUCCUAUCGGAGGACGAUGAAAAGAGAACAGGAUUAUUCACCCUGGAUUCCCCGAUCAGUCCCGGUGGGGCAAACAUGUCGCAAGGUCAAAGACAGCUUCUCUGCCUUGCAAGAGUAUUGAUCCGGGACCCUAAGAUCAUUAUUCUCGAUGAGGCGACAUCUGCUGUCGACAAUGAGACGGAUCUGUGGAUUCAGGACACGAUACGAAGCGAGUUUAACCGCACAUUGAUUGUCGUCGCUCAUCGUUUGAGAACAGUCGCGUCUUUUGAUAAAGUGAUUGUCAUCGAUGAUGGGCGCGUUGGAGAAAUCGGAACUCCAGCGGAGUUGUUGAAAGCUAAAGGAUUGUUCUAUGAUCUUGUUCAAAAGAGCCAAGAUAAGGAAUUUGUGACCAAAUCUGCAUUAGAAUAG